CUUUGCCAGCUAAUUCAAACUCCAAACGCGCCAUAGGUGAAUCGACGUCGACGACUCCUAAGCGCCCCUCGACUCUUGGUCCCCAUUUCGCCAUUGAAUAAGACUCUGUCGUCACCUGAUCUACUGCUAGACACGCUCACGUACCCCGAUCAUACUUUGAACGCAUGGGUUUUGACCUUGACCAAUGCAUCGCCCAGUUACUUCGAAAGCAAGUCCUCCACGAAACGCUCAUAAAAGAAAUAUGCGAAAAGACAAAGGAGGUGUUAAUGCGCGAAAGCAAUGUCGUUCAUGUUCAGUCUCCUGUUACUGUUGUCGGUGAUAUACAUGGGCAGUUUUAUGAUUUAAUUGAAAUAUUUCGGAUAGGGGGGUUUGUCCCAGACACCAACUACUUGUUUCUUGGGGACUACGUGGAUCGUGGCUUAUUCAGCGUCGAAACUAUAUCCUUAUUAACUUUCCAACUGAUACGAGGGAACCAUGAAUCAAGGGCGGUCACGCAGUCUUACGGAUUCUACACGGAAUGUGUACGGAAGUAUGGUUCGGCGUCUGUGUGGACGUACUUUACAGACAUGUUCGAUUUCCUGACAUUAUCCGUGGUCAUCGAAGACCGGAUAUUCUGUGUGCAUGGAGGUCUAUCACCCUCAAUACAUUCGAUAGAUCAGAUCAAAGUUGUGGAUCGGUUUCGAGAAAUACCCCACGAGGGGCCGAUGGCUGACCUCGUAUGGUCUGACCCGGAUCCUGAUAAAGAGGAUUUUGCCAUAUCCCCAAGAGGGGCGGGCUACACAUUUGGGUCGGGCGUUGUGCGGAAAUUUCUCGAAAUCAAUCACAUGAAUCAUAUCCUCCGGGCACACCAGCUAUGUAUGGAAGGAUUUAGUGUCCUGUUUGAUAAUAGGCUAUCCACGGUAUGGUCGGCGCCAAAUUACUGCUAUAGAUGCGGAAAUUCAGCGAGCAUACUGGAGAUUGGCCCGGAGGAAUCGGUUCAUUUUAAUGUAUUUGAGGCUGCGCCCGAAAAUCAAGUAGAUGGACCGAGUAAUCAACCACUACCCACUGCUCCCAUCAAGAUGCCCGAGUACUUUCUGUAGCAUUGUAUCAUCUCAUUAUACACUCAUGACAUUGUUCUCUUUUACUCAAUCGAUGAUCUCAUCAAGUGCGGCCCAGACAUUACCACCACAUCUUCAUGAUGACCCUUGGUCUGGAACAACCAUCCCUCAUGAUGGCGUUCAUUUCUGCAGAAAGGGCCGUGUGACAUUCCAAUACAUAACGGCCGGCGCGGGCAAGCUGGAUUCACUGUGUUGCAUGCCAAAUGAACAUUCAUGAAGCCCAUUGUAACCCGUCGUACUUCUCUCCAUCCUGGUCAACGCCAGAAAUACAAUCUUGAAUCACUGCAACAAAGAUGGAGAAUGAUUCAGCAUCCUCUUUCUCGGUUUCAGUCAACUUGUUUGGAUCCAAUUGACCCGCAUCCCCUAACCCCAGUAAAUGCCUCAUUCGGGCAUUUCUUUCGUUGGGAGACAUACUAUCCAACACUCG